CUAAGUUUUGAAAAAAGAAAAAAAUGAUGGGUUCCAAGGCAUUUUUGUUUCUUGGCAUUUUUUUGGUUACUUUUGCAAUAAUAAGCUCUGAGGUUGUGGCUAAGGAGUUGACUGAGACCUCAAUGAAAUUAGAUGAUGUACACGAUGAUGGAUAUAAUGACAUUGACGGAUAUCCCAGAGAUGAGCAUGAUGAAUAUAACAAUGGAUAUAAAUAUUUUGGUGGCAGAUAUUAUCCUCCACGUGAUGGAUAUAAUUUUCCAGGUAGGGGAUAUAAACCCCCACAUGACGAUUAUAACAACAGAUAUAAAUCUCUUGAUGGUGCAUAUAGCAAUGGAUAUAAGCCUCCAAGUGGUGGAAAUAAACCCCCACGUAGCGGAUACAACCCUCCAAGUGGCGAAUACAACCCUCAACAUGACAAAUAUAAACCUCGGUGUGGUGAAUAUAACCCCCCACAUGGCAAAUAUAAAUCCCCUAGUGAUGAGUAUAAACCUCCAGGUUAUAAACCCCCUAGUGAUGAAUACAAACCUCCAGGUGCACAUGAUAAAUAUAAACCCCCUAUUGAUGAAUACAAACCUCCAAGUGACAAAUAUAUCCCCCCACAUAACAAAUAUAAACCUCCUAGUGACGAAUACAAACCUCCAGGUGACAAAUAUAACCCUCCACAUGACAAAUAUAAAACCCCUAGUGAUGAAUACAAAUCCCCAGGUGACAAAUAUAACCACUCACAUGACAAAUAUAAAUCUCCUAGUGAUGAAUACAAACUUGCAGGUGACAAAUAUAAACCUCCUAGUGACGAAUACAAACCUCCAGGUGACAAAUAUAACCCUCCACAUGACAAAUAUAAACCUCCUAGUGACGAAUACAAACCUCCAAGUGACAAAUAUAACCCUCCACGUGACAAAUAUAAAUCCCCUAGUGACGAAUACAAUCCUCUAGGUGAUAAACAUAACCCUCCAUAUUACAAAUAUAAACCCCCUAGUGAUGAAUACAAACCUCCAGGUGACAAAUAUAAACCUCUUAGUGAUGAAUACAAACCUUCAGGUGGCAAAUAUAACCCUCCACAUUACAAAUAUAAACCCCCUAGUGAUGGAUACAAUCCUUUAGGUGAAGGCCAUGAAUAAGUGAUCGAUUAGCCAAUUGCCUCACAACAAAUCAUCAUGUAAUAUUAUUAAACCGUUAUACGUAGAGGCAAGAUCUAUAAUAGUAAUAGUUUAGCUACUCGAUCUAAAAUCUUGCUAAAUUAAUCGUACUGAAUAAAACAUCAUUGAGUUCAUAUGUAUGGUUGAUCAUGUAAUAUUUUGUUGUAUAAUAUAACACAAUAUA